AUGGCCGCGAGCGACGCGCCUCCUCGCGAGGACGCCGCGGCGCCCGUCGUCACCGCGUCCGACGUCGCGAGUUACCUCCUCAAGCGCGGCAACAUCGCGUCCGCGUUCGAAUACUACCAGGAUCUCAUCGACGCGACGAGCCGCGCGCCGGGCGGCGACGGCGACGACGACGACGACGACGCGUCCUCCUCCUCCUCCGCCGCCGCCGCAUACGCCGCGCUCGAGGCGUACUUCGCGGACCAGCGCCGGUUCCCGAGCGCGGAGCUCCGCGAGCACGCGGACGUGGUCGACAUCCCGGGACUCGUCGCGACGGCGAGGGAGCUCGCCUCGCGCGUCGCCGUCGCGGAGUACGACGCGCGCGUCGCCGCGGAGGACGCGGCGACCGCGCGCGCGGAGCUCGAGGCCUCACGCCGCGCGAGGGCGCUCGGCGGCGGAGGAGGAGGAGGAGGACGCGACGACGCGACGGAGGGCGACGACGACGACGCGGCAUCGGGCGGCAUCGCGUCGGACGUGUUCGAGCGCGUGGACGGGGAGGAAUCGCUGCGGUCGCUCGGCGGCGUCGCGGCGGCGCCCGCGGCGGACGGGUUCCUCAACCGCGACGGCGUCCACGUCGUGUCGGACGACAAGGCACCUACGGCGGAAGACGAAACGUCAACCGGCGCGCCGGUCGCCUUGCCGCCGAUGCGCGCGAACGAGCGUCGCGCGCUGAACGUUCUCGUGAAUGAGUACCUACUCUCGCGCGGCUACCGCGCCGCCGCGCUGUCGCUCCGCGACGACGUCGACAGAGCGCACGGCGACGCGCUCGACGACUGGUCGGGCGCGUUCGGCGGACGGCCGCCCGGCGGCGGCGAGGGCUUGCGCAAGGUGCUGCGCCGAGCGCGGACGAUCGAGGUGUUGGACCCGCGAAAGUUGUCGGCGUUGGAAAAAGAACGCGACGGCUCGCGCGACGACGCGAACGACGCGAGGCGACGCGCGGAGGACGCGGAGCGACGCCGCGACGCCGCGGAGGCCAAGGCGCGCGCGCUGGAGGAGGAGGCGACGUCGCUUCGGCUGCGGAGGGACGAGAAAGAGGCGGACGCCGCGCGAUGGCGCGCGCGAGCGGAGGAGGCGGCGGCGGCGGCGGCGGCGGCGGAGGAGAGAGAAGAACGGCGACGCCGCGCCGCGACCGCGCCGCCGUCCACGCCGACCGCCGCGGUCGCCGCGGUCGCCGUCGACGCGGAUUGGACCCCCGCGCUGGUCGGCGCGAAGAGCGUCGGAAGACUCGAGGCGGUCGCCGAGGAGGAGGUCACGAUCGGCGUGUUGUGCGACGCGUUGCCGCGCGUGGCGCUCCACGUCCUCGUCCAGAGGCGAGGCGAGCUCCUGCCUCUGUUCCAGCGCGCGAUCGCGCGGUGCCCGGAGCCGGAGCGACGCGCGGGUCUCACCGCGCUGCUGUUCGCGCUGAUCAAGCGGCCGGGCGCGGAUCAGAGGCGGGUCAUCGCGGACGCGUGCGCGAACAUCGCGUCCAUCGUCGGCGACGAGAGAACCGCGGAGGAGCUCGUGCCGUGUUGCUUCCUUCAGGUGGAUCACAAACACGAGGAACGCAGGAUGCUCGUCGCGGAGACGUGCGGUCGCCUCGCGCCGGUGCUCGGCGUCGGCCUCCGCUCGUCGCUGCUCUUGACGAUGCUGCAGCAGCAGGCGGAGACGGACGCGGAGGCGGCCGUGCGCCUGUGCGUCGUGCGAAACCUGCGCGCGUUGCUCGACGCCGAUCCGGACGUCUCGAAAUCGCACGCGAUUGAAAAGUUGCUUCUCGACCUGUCGUUGGACGUCGCGGACGAGGUCUCCGAGGCUGCGGUCGCGACGCUCGCGCCCGCGACGGUCGCGUGGCUGCUGCGUGUGGACGGCGACGCGGGCGGAGCGCGGUUGAGGGACGCGCUCGUGCCCGCCGUCUGCGCGAAGGUGUCGGCCGUGCUGAGCGCCGCGAGCAUGGCGGACGGGAGUCACCGACCGCUGACGGAGGACGACUCGUGGCGCGUUCACACGCUGCUGCGGCUGUUGGCGUGCCUCGUGCCCGCGGUGCGGCUCACCGCGCGCGCGUCGGUGCCGAGAGCGUUCGCGUGCGCGAGCGGCGGCGGCGGCGGCGAGGGUGCCGAGGGUGCCGAGGGUGCCGAGGGUGCCGAGGGUGCCGACGAGGAAGCGGCGACGACGUCGGCGCUCGCGGCGUACGUGAAGAAGAGGGCGUUCGAAGACGCUUCGGGCGACGCUUCGGGACCUGGUGCCGAGGCGUCCGCCGCGUCCUCCUCCUCCUCCGAGAUGUCGUGGCCCGCGGCGAAGUGGCUGUGCGGCGACGGGAUCGCCCUGCUCGCGUCGCUCGCGGUGAAGACGCCGCCGAGGGAGGAGAGCGCGCGGCGGGCGAUGCUCGGCGUUCUGAGAGCGUUUUGCGAGGCGGCGGGGGAGGACGUCGUCACCGACGUGGCCGCGCCCGCGUUCGCGGCGGCGUCCGGAUUGGUGGAGGAUACUGCUGCUGACGUGGAUGAACGUGCGGUCCAGAACGCGCGCGCGACCGCGCUGCCGCUGUUCCUCGUCGCGGUGCUCCCGCGCGCGCGCGGCGACGCGCUGGAGCGCCGCGUGAAGAGCCUCCUCGUCGACCCUCCGGUGGGUCCCGCGCGCGGAUUCGUGGAUCCUCCAUCUGACGUGGAUCCAUCUGACGUGGACAACCCCGCGGCGGCCGGCGUCCCGGAGUACGUCCUCGCCGCGCUCAAGUUCGCGACGACGUUCGAGCGCGCGCGCGGCCGCGUCCUGAAACUCCUCGGGACGCUCGCGGGGGAGAAGAGUGCGAGGUGCGUUCUAUACACUGGUCCCCAUACGACCCCGUCGGCGUGGUGA